GACCCUCUUCACAAGAGGUCACGGACACAAUUGACGCCGUGCGGCCAUAUUGUAUUUCCCAGUCGCCUCUCCGGGUUCUCUGAAUGGUUUCCUUUCUGCUCGUGGCGUUCCCCAAAAUACACCUGCAAGGAUUUCAAGUACCACAGAAGGAGUGAAUACGUUAAUAGAGUGAGAUGGCCAAGAAGGAUCGUUCCUACAAGAUCGGAGACUUGGUAUUUGCCAAAGUUAAAGGUUACCCGCCAUGGCCGGCAAAAAUCGUGAAGCUGUCCGGAAAUAAAAAGUACAAUGUUUAUUUCUAUGGAACGGGCGAGACGGGAUACAUCAAGUCGGAGGAUUUGUUUUCCUAUGCUGAAAGCAAAUCCAAGUUGGCCACUGACAAGCAUAUGAAAAAGCCGCAAUUCAAGGAGGCCGUGGAUCAAAUUGAAGCAGCUCUCAAGGGACAGGAUUCCUCGCCAAUUGAGAUGCCACCAGCUGGAACUCCGGUGACAGCUGAUGACACAGCUCCUCUGGACUCCAGCCAAGUGGAGCCAGAGCCAGAGAAGGUUGAGCCAGCACCACAGGUCGAGAAGUCUCCGCCAAAAGGUAAGACGGAGCCAAAGACAUCGGCCAAGAAGGCAAAAGUUGAGAAGAAUGAGGCAAAAGUUGAGCCUCCUGCAACUCCGGAAGAUACUGUCACAAGUCCAGUUAUCAAGGACAAUGGGGCAGAAAUCACCAGUCGCAGUGGCAGGAAGAUUAAGCCGAAAAAAUAUCUGCUAGAGGAAGUGGAAGAAAUCCUUCCAGCUCCCAAGAGAAAAGGUGUCUCCCUGGAUAAUACAAAUGCCGACGUAAAACCAGCGAAGGUGCCCAAAAUCGAUAAUGAUGAAGGCAAAGAGGAUAAGGUUAAGAGCCAUUUGAAGAAUCAAGGCAAGCUAAUUGAUCUGAUGACCCGAAUUAAGUCAACUCUGGGCCUCCAGAGUGCCAAUCCGGAAGCCUGUGUGAAGCUCCUGGAAGAGUACAAUGAAUUGGAAAUAACACCCAUAAUGCUGCUCAAGAAUCCAACUUGCGUGGAAACCAUCAAAAGGCUCCGGAAGUACGUGGGAAAUGUCAAGCAAUGGGUGAUGUCGGAUCAGGAGAAGGAAGAAUUCGAAUUGAAUGCUGUUGAGGUCAGAAAACGAUCACAAUCGAUAUACACGCAAUUCAAGAAAAUGUUCGUAAACUCCGAUGGAAUUCCCUUCUGGGAGUUCUUCCAGCGAGAAUUAGAAUUGUUCAAUUCCAACACAAAGGACUUCUCCGUAGAGGAACUCGUUCAGAUGACGGAUUUGCCGGAAGGACAGAAGCAUAUAUCUGCUAUCAUCACAAAUGAUAAGUCGACUAAAGAAAAUCAGACGCCCAACGAUCUCCCGGACUCUUCUCUGAUGAUGGUGGAAGCCGAACAAGAUGACACCGUGACAAAUUCAACAACUGAGGCCUGAAAUUAAUUUCCCUCACACAAAUGAUGUGAAUUUUAAAUAAGAUGACCCUUUCCCUAAAAAAAAAACUUGUUGAACUACACACAUUACACUUUGAAGUGUUUUUGGCAAAAAGAAAAUCAAGAAAUUGAUUCCAGAAUAAAUAAACUGUAAGACACUAAAA